AUGUCUGAGGUGCGCCAGGAGAGCACCAGCAGUUUGCAGAGGAAGAAGCCACCAUGGCUGAAGCUGGACAUUCAUGCGCCCAUGGGAGCAGCGGUGGCGGGCUCAGCCCUUGAAGCGCCAGACCUUCCUGCAGAGCAUCAGCAUGCCGUAGCCCAGAUUCUGAGGCCGCAGAUCGCAAACCCAAAGUACGUCACAAACAAUCCAACUCUUACCACGGUUGCUUUAGAGAAGCCGUUCUGCACGUUUGAUGGCUCAGUGUCCAAAAGUGCUUCCUAUGAAGUACACCUGUACGUCAUGGUUGACUCUGCGACGACUAUAAGCGCCUCUGUGAUGGACAAUGGCAAUAAGUCUCUCGGUGCUACUUUUGAACAAACCCAUGGAGGGAAACUUGGGCCAUACAAAGCCGCAACAUUUAAUGUUCCCCAUUGCACAUCUCCUCCUAAACUGUCUGAUAUUGCGGAUGUAGCCAAAGCACCUGCUGUCCUGACCCAGUAUCUAAUCAGAGUUGGUGACGACUCAGCUUGUCUGUAUGACCCGAAUCUCCAAGAAGCAUGCAAUCCACCCCUUUCUGAAGAUACAUCCUACAGGUUUAAAUUUGUCUUGGUUGAUAGGAUCACAGACAUUGUGAAAGACCAAACCCUCUGGUCUGAUCCAAUUAAAACCAGCAAGUUGAAGCCGUCUUCCUCCAUCGAUAUUUGGCCAGGCCAGAGGAGCGGCGGGAUGAUUGCUGUCACUUUCGUCCUGAGUGUGCUGACGCUUGUCGUAGCAGCUGCAUUUCUUGCUGCGCU